AAGUGGGCAAUGCGUCCAUGUAACGGGACUCCUCACAUCUCCGUGUAACGGGAAGGGACGUUUACUACCAGCAGCUACAAACCCCAUACUCACGGAAUCGAGUAUAAUACAUACUUUAAGAUGCAGUUCAUGCUGCUCUUUAGCAGGCAGGGAAAGCUACGGCUUCAGAAAUGGUACGUGCCACUGUCUGACACACAGAAGAAGAAAAUCUCUCGUGAGGUGAUACAGAUGGUGCUGGCACGUAAACCCAAGAUGUGCAGUUUUCUGGAAUGGAGGGAUCUGAAAAUAGUCUAUAAAAGAUAUGCCAGUCUGUACUUUUGUUGUGCAGUGGAGGACCAGGAAAAUGAGCUGAUAACCCUGGAGAUCAUCCACAGAUAUGUGGAGCUGCUGGAUAAAUAUUUUGGCAGUGUAUGUGAACUGGACAUUAUCUUCAACUUUGAGAAGGCUUAUUACAUCCUGGAUGAGUUUAUAUUGGGUGGAGAAGCCCAGGAGACAUCUAAGAAGAAUGUUUUGAAGGCAAUAGAGCAGGCUGACAUGUUACAGGAGGAAGCCGAGACGCCACGUAGUGUUCUGGAGGAGAUUGGACUGACAUAAAACUUGAGAACUCAUCCUGCCCAAAUACUAACACACAUCUUCCUUACUUUUUCUGUGGGCAUGUUCUCUAUAUCUGUAUUUUAGGUUAGCUUGCAGGCAAAAGCAGCAUUAUAAAAUCAGCACUUCCUUCAGAAACAAAUAGGUAUCAAAGC